AAAAAAUAAUUAGAAUAGUAUAAAAUCUAAAUGUCGACGACGUCGUCUGCUUAACGCUUGUACAACGCGUAUCUCACGUGACACGAAAAGGGAGCCAUGCGUCUUUCAUACAACAUGGCGGCCGGCAAAGGACUCGCGAUCAUUUUUAGGCCAAAAUAUAUCAGUUUAAUCAGUUGUAAUAAACUUCAUAAAUUAUCGUGCAACACUUUACAACGAUGCAAUGGAUGUCAGCGAUAUGCUGCGACCUUGGCAAUGGAUGUCGAUACUUGGAAUAAUAAGAAAAUGGGAAAACGUACUAUAGAGCAUCUUGUACAGCAGUGCAGGACAAUACAUACGACGCAUAAAGUUUUAAAACGUAAUUAUUAUGAAAUUUUGGGCGUAUCGAGGAAUGCCUCUGGAAAGGAUAUAAAGAAAGCUUAUUACCAGCUUGCAAAAAAGUAUCAUCCUGAUACGAACAAGGGCGAUCCCGAUUCGAGUAGAAAGUUUCAAGAAGUUUCUGAAGCUUAUGAGGUAUUGAGCGACGAUGCUAAAAGAAAAGAAUAUGAUACGUGGGGUGCAACCUCGGAACAGAUGGGAAUGGGUCAAGGAGGCGGGCAAAGCGCUAAAGAUUUUCAACAGCAGUGGCACUUUAGGUCAACGGUUAAUCCAGAGGAAUUAUUUAGAAAAAUUUUUGGAGAUGCUGGCUUCCAAAGUGGCAUGUUUGGCGAUUUUGAAGAUUUUGCAGAAUCAAAAUAUGGUUUUGGAGCGUCACAGGAGGUAAUAAUGAAUCUAACAUUCUCGCAAGCUGCCAGAGGCGUAAAUAAAGAUAUUGAAUUAAACGUGAUAGAUACAUGUACAAAAUGUGCUGGUUCCCGGUGUGAGCCAGGAACGAAGGCUGCCAGGUGUCAACCAUGUAAUGGCACCGGAAUGGAAACAAUUAGCACAGGGCCUUUCGUAAUGCGCUCAACUUGUCGCUAUUGCAAUGGUACCAGGAUAUACAUAAAAUAUCCUUGCAUAGAGUGCGAAGGGAAAGGACAAACGGUGCAAUCCAAAAAAGUAACUGUACCAGUACCGGCUGGUGUAGAGGAUGGUCAAACAGUACGCUUGGCUGUUGGUAAUAAAGAAGUAUUUAUAACAUUCCGCGUGGAAAAAUCUAAGUACUUUCGCAGAGACGGACCCGAUGUGCAUACCGACGCCGAAAUAUCAUUGUCACAAGCUGUACUGGGUGGUACAAUAAGGAUAGAAGGUGUCUAUGAGGAUCAAACAGUACAGAUCCGUCCGGCUACCAAUUCGCAUACUAAAAUACGCCUAACAGGCAAAGGUUUGAGGAAAGUAAACGGAUAUGGUUAUGGCGAUCAUUACGUAAAUAUUAAGAUAACCGUACCAACAAAUUUAACGAAAAAACAAAAAGCUUUACUUCAAGCAUACGCAGAACUUGAAUCCGACACACCAGGCAGUAUAUAUGGCAUAACUUAUAAAACAGACGGAACAAAACAAUCUUUUGUAGGGCCACUAGAUCUGGUAGAAUCCAUACGAGUGGCUUUAGAUGGGGACGAAUCUACUUGCAACGAUAAAUCUUCAGCUUCUAUGCCUCAACACCCGGGUGAUAAAGAGCAAGGGAACGUGAUGUCAGUUAAUAUUGAUUCAGACGUUAAUGCCGAAAAUAACGAUAGAAGAAACGAAGAUAGUAACGAUAUAAGGAAACAAGAGGCUCGUAAUGGUAGUGCUAUGUAAGGUGAUAAGUUUCUUAUAAAUGUUAUCAAUAAAAGAGUUGUCGACUUAAUACAUUAUCGAUAUUCACGUAAUAGUGAAUUGUGCAACAUUAUAUCUACAUUUGUAGUAUACUUUUGUUUUCUUUUUUUUUUCUUUUUUUAUAUAUAUAUAUAUAUAUAUAUAAUUAAGGAGUAUCUGAUAUUACACUCACGCUGUGAAUACCUACCGUAGAAUGUUUCACAUUAAACGUUACAUUCGUUAGAUUGAAUAUAUUUUGAAUUCUUAAUUAUGUUUUAUCAAAAUGAUUAAUUUUCGAUUGAUUAUGUAAUACAAUGUGCGUGGCGGCAUAAGAAUCGUUAGCUGUUCACAGUCAUGUACGUGUAUUAUUGAUAUAAUAAAUAUGACAAGUUAGCGCUA